GGCUAUUAUUUGAACGUUAUUUUCAUUUUUAAUAUUUUGUUAAUUGCUGCUUCAAAAAAGAAUGAAAGUCCUGCAGCGCGUCUUCCGGUGACGUCAUCGCGCGCUCCGCCGGGCAUGCGCAGUGGAGGCGGAGCGCUGUUCUGGUGCUGAAGCACGAGACUCGAUCGUCUCUAAACACUUCUACUGUGUAGAGAUCCAUGUUCAAACGGAGCAGGAGAACUUCUGGACCGAUCGGCUGAGCUGAUGGCGGUGUCCGGCGCGUCCGAGCAGCGCUCAGUGUUCCUGGCGUCCGAGUCUCACGGUCAGCAGGUGCUCAGCGUCCUCCAGGCCUUCAGAGAGAGAGGCGUUCUGUUCGACUUCAGCGUCCGUGUUCAGGAGGAGACGCUGCCGUGCCACCGCUGUGUCCUCGCCGCCUGCAGCGACUUCUUCAGGGCGAUGUUUGAGCUGGACACGCGGGAGCGGGACGACGGCUCGGUGACCCUCAGUGACCUCUCACCUCAGGCCGUCCACGCCUUCCUGGAUUUCGCGUACUCUGGGGAAAUCGAAAUCAGAGAAGACAACGUGGACAUGCUGUUUCAGCUGGCCUCUUUCCUGCAGGUGGGCUUCCUCUCUCACGCUUGCAGUGACUUCUUGGUCCAAACGCUGGAUCUCUCCAACUGUCUUCAGCUGUUGGCGCUCGCCGAGGCUUACGGCUCCUCACGUCUCCUGCGCCGCGCGACCGACUUCGUCACGCACAACUUCCACGCGCUUUCCUCCGCUCCGGACUUCCUGGAGAUGCCGGCGCUCGUCUUGGAGCGCUGCCUGUCUUCGGACGCGUUCGACGUCCCGGACGAAGAAAGCGUCCUAGGUGCGCUACUCCACUGGACGCGGCACGAGCCACAGUCGCGUGAAAUCCUUCUACCGAAACUUCUUCCGCGAGUCCGUCUGCACCAUCUGCGUCCGUCUGCGCUGGAGGAGGCCGAGCGGCAGCUGAGCGCAGACGGAUCCUGCGUUAGCGUGAUUAAACAAGCGCUCGCAGACGUUCAGCGCUUCAGUGGCUUGUUUUGCGAUGCCCGACCUUCUACGACAUCCAGCUACAUUUUCGUGCACAAAACGGAGGAUAUUGGAGAAAUGCGGCAUGCGUUCUGCUACAACAUUGGUGCGGACCUCUGGAUGGAGCUUCCGAAUGACGCCGCGCAGAUUUUAGAUCGACCCGGAUCAUCGCUCAGCAGUUUCGGAGAAAAGCUAUUCAUCAUUGGCGGAUGCCUCGGCCAAUGUCCUCGCGCUAUUCGCCUGCACAUCGCCGCUCAUCAGCACGACGCGACGGACGAAGUCUACUGCUACUGUCCUGUCACGUGCAGCUACACACCAGCUCUGCGCAUGCGCAACCCUCGGACGAUGCAUGCAUCCGUCACCGCGCAAAAUCGCAUUUACGUAAUCGGCGGAAAAACACGCGGCGCUUGCAGCAUUCUGGACGUUGAAUACUUUGAUCCUCUAAGCGGCAUUUGGACAUCCGUCAGCCCUCUUCCCAAAGGAAUCUACUUCCCUGAAGCGAGCGCAUGCGGAAACAUCGUUUACACGCUCGGAUCCGAGAUGGAGAUUACUGAAGCUUUCAAUCCUUCGCUCGACUGUUUCCUCCGCUACGAUACUGUUGCUGAUCAAUGGUGCCAAUUAGUGGCGGAGUUCGGACAGUUCUUCCACGCAACGCUCGUCAAAUCCGUGUCCAUCAACCACACGCUGUAUCUGUGCGAUCUUUCUACGUAUAAAGUCUACAGCUUCUGUCCGGAUAGUUGCGUUUGGAAGGGCGAAGGUUCGUUCGAGUGCGCCGGGUUCAACGCGGGUGCCAUUGGCGUGCGGGAUAAGAUCUACAUUCUUGGCGGCGAUUAUUCGCCCGAUGAGAUUACGGACGAGGUGCAGGUUUACGACAGCGGACGAUCUGAAUGGCAGGAGGUAUCUCCAAUGCCGCGAGCGCUGACGGAGUUUCACUGUCAGGUGCUGAGCUUCAACCGCUACCGAGAUCCGUGGACGAGAGAAACAGCUGAAACACACUGAA